UUGUAAUUAGUCGGUAACUUAGGAGAAGUAUUCUUGCGGGUUAGUAAACAAGAAAAGCGAGGAAAUAAGGAAAAGCGCGAUGUGGUCAUCUUUCACUCGAAGUAUUCGCUAAUUUAAUCACCCUCCUGUGUAAGAGGGGCUGAAACAACGCUUUUAAAACGCGAGGCGAUUUAUCAAGUUAACCAAUUCAAUUAUAAUCUGAAUAAUGAUGGCAAACAACCAAGUGGUAAUAUCAAAAGCGAGUUGACAACAUGCCUCACAGGCAAUGCUUUCAACGUUCAACACUUCCAAAGCUUGUCGAUGAUCAUCUUUCCUCUGGAAAAGGCAAAGAAUGGAUGCCAACGUCGUCGCAAGUCAACGCAAGAGAAAAACUCCGCUUCCAAACGCACUCUGAUAAAAUUUCAGGCGGUAUUCAAUAUUGGCACAAACACAAACUUAAGCCAAGCGAGACACGAACACGAGACACCAUUAAGGAGACGAAGAAAGUAAAUAACCUUUCACAUCAGCCGAAAUGCACUGCUUGUGGUGGUUUGCUCUCUCAUCGAAUGAGCCUGAAAAGUAUACACUCGAAAUUUACUGAACGUCAUUCGAAGUGCGCAUUCGGACGUGAAUAUUGUGAUGUAAUUGGUCCAUGUGCGGAAUGCUGUUUGACGGAGCAACGUAAUGCUAUUGUCAAGAAACAGUCUGUGGAGUUUCCGGGAUUGGAGGUUACACCAAGAAGACUUGUGGCACCAAACCUGGUCCAAGUUAUGAUGCAGCACAGUCAGAUUGAGCUCGGAGAUAAUGCAUCUGAACUUUCUCAAAGUCACCAGGGUAGGAGCGUUCUCGAACUGCCACUCAUUCCUGUCGACACGCUGAGGUAUAUGAGGAGGGAAGCUGGGAGUAGCAAGCAUAAGCGAAAUACUUUCAUAACAGAUCAGGAACCAACGUUUAAGAAGUACAUAGAGAUUCGCCUACCAAAAAUCUGACACAAUAAGUUUUACUCGGAAUUAGCUUAGAGACACAGGAACCUGCAAGGGUGAUACUGAAAAACAAAAGUUCGCCUAAAGUUAACUUGAACUCAAGUGCUAAUCCUAUUCAUCGAGUUAAAUAUGCAUAAUACAGUGUCUCUCUUUUGGCUGAUGGACUUAUUUGAAUGACUAACGUGUGUGAAUAAAUCAUUCGCCGAAGCAAUUUACUGUUGGGUUUUGCAGCUUCUGUAUAUAAACAUAACGCUGAUAAAAUUUUGUUUUUUGCUUUUUCUUUCUUCCUUUCUUUAUGGUGACGAGAUGUUGUAGUUUUCCCUUAAGAACAUGUCACGUUAAUUGGAGAAAAGAACCGCCCUUGUCUUCAGUCAAAAUGUCAUAGAUACCAGGAGGACCAUUACGGUAUCUCGACAGUUCUCAGAUAAAAGCCGAUACGGCCCUCCGUACACUAGUACAAUCGUAAAGGGGGAGAUAGAACUCUUGCUUCGACGCCAAGUUCUAAUUGUGGAAAAUUUGAGAAUCUUAUAAAACCGUAUAUUAUCGCAUAACAUAGUAGUCUUUUGAAGUCACGUAUUGGGACUCUUCACACCCUGACUCUAUGAAUUUCUGAUGGACCGAAUGAUCUCCAUCUCAAAAUGGUUAUUAAACUGAAAUUGUA